ACUCAACUAGUUCUGCUGGAGCUCGGCUUCCCUGCGCCGGGUCCCGCUCUCCCCGCCCCCCUCCGGGCGUCGCGCGUCUCGCGGCUUCCCUCCCCUCUCAGCUGGAGAGAGAGCUUCGCCGUCCCUCCUGAGCCGGGGAGGGGAGGAGCGACGCGAAAAGGGGCGGAAGUGCAAACAAGAGCCCGAGGAGAGCGAGCGAGCUUCGGCUUGCCUUCUGCUCUCACACGCUCGCGAGUUUGCUGGGAGCGCCUGCGCGUCGUCGGUGUGCUGCUGCUGCUGCUGCUGCCUGUGCGCCCUGAACUCCGCGCGCCUCGGAAUCUGUGCAGCCUCUCAGCCUUUCCAAAUCGAUGGGAAUGGAUAACAGCUUCUACGCAUUCAUUCUCUGGAAUUAGACCUUGACUUCCAGACGCCAUGAACAACUACAGCGUUUCUUUGGUUGGUCCAGCCCCCUGGGGUUUCAGGCUUCAAGGUGGCAAAGACUUCAACAUGCCUCUGACCAUCUCUCGGUUGAGUGAUGGAGGCAAAGCGGCUAAUGCAAACGUGGGAAUAGGUGACGUUGUUCUUAGUAUCGAUGGGAUAAGUGCUGAUGGCAUGACUCACCUGGAAGCACAAAACAAGAUCAAGACCUGUUCAGGCAAACUGACUAUGAAUCUGCAAAGAGCACCUUCUGCUCCGAAACCUGAUCCCAUACCUGUGCAACAGGUAGAGCCUAAGGAACUAGUUAAGCCUGUGCCCAUUCCGUCCGCAGUCGUGCCCAAAGUUUCAUCCACAGCCAACAUAGCCUUCAAUAAGGCCCCAAGACCCUUUGGGUCUAUGUCAGCUUCCAAGAUCACGUCCAUUCCAUCGCCAUCAUCUGCCUUCACUCCAGCUCAUGCGAGUUUUUCAUCACAUGCUUCCCUUACACCACUGGCCAAUGUCACGCCUCCCACUGCAUUCACCGCCUCCGGACUGCAUGCUAACGCCAAGUCUAACGCUGACCAGCGUUCACCUGAGCUGAGUGCUGCUAAACCUGCAGUUAAUAUCCCAUGGCAGCCCACACACAAUGCAUCAUUGAACACCUCUUUCAACGACAAUGCCCAGGAGGUGGCAGAGGGACAGCGAAGAGGAUUCAGAGAGAACCAGGGUGACAGUAAAGAGCAAAAUGGUCCACCUCGGAAGCAUGUUGUUUAUACAAAUACAGAGUUUUACCACCCACCCACUCACAGCAACAACAGCAAGAAACGAUUGAUUGAGGAUACUGAGGAUUGGCACCCAAGGACAGGAACUACCCAGUCACGUUCUUUCCGCAUCCUUGCACAGAUCACUGGCACUGAACACAUGAAAGAACCAGAGCCUGAUAAUUCAAAGAAAGCAAACAUAUCUACAGAACUAACUAAUGGAUUGGAAACCCAGCAUUCCCAUACAGUAGCUACCCAGACCUGCGAAAUACCUGAUGUGUCAGAACAACCACCGUUGCCAGCUCAAAGGGGAGAAGCAACUUCAAGUACUUCUGUGGUAACAGAUCCAGCUCUUAUCACUAUUUCUUCAACCAAUCUUCCUGGUCCUAAUCUUUCUACUACAUCUCACAAGAGAGAACUUUUUUUCAACAAUCCGUUGGAGGCCUUGCCCAAGUGUGCACCAUAUCCACCUGCUACUGUUCAUAUUUUAAGUGAUAGCAGCCAAGUAGCCAUUGUGUCCAAAACGGCAUCAACCUACACUAGGUCAAGUAGGAUAAAAACUGGUUCUCCAGAGCUUGCCCCAGCUGCUGCAAGGUUGGGUGCAAAUGAAGCUGAUAAUAAAAGGAGCCUACCCCUGACUAGCACAGUGGCAACUCAGACAUUUGAGACACUUAUGUCUCCAAUUGCUCCAGAGGAAUCUACUUUGACAGUCCAGACUGGGAAAUCUGCAUUGGUGCCCCCUCUUCCUGGCAGCUUCUACCCUAUGAAAGAGCCACUGGAAAAUCCACUGGGAAGUAAUGUAACGUUUGCUCCCAUCCCCUCUACUUUACUUCCAAAGGUGGAAUCGUCACAAGUUAAGAGUGCCGCUGCUGCUGUGUCUGCUGCAGUUGCUGUACGGAGACUCUCUGAUCACAGUACCUAUCGUACACUGUUGGAUGCCCUUCUCAUUACUCCUAUUAUCAAACCACCAACUCUGGAAAGUACAAGACCAUCAAGACAAUCAGCAAGUGCUUUCGAGAUGCAAAGAAACUGGAGACCUGAUUCCCUGGAGCAAACACAGUUUACUGCUUACACUGCUGCCACAGUAAGGAGCAUGCCUGAAACUCCAGAGAACGGCACACGUGGACCAGUUCCUGCCAAUCCAGCAUCUGUGCCAGCUGUCAAGCCAACAGGACCUCAGUAUGCAGUCAAAACCUCAGGCUGGCAAUCUUCUAAUCCGCCAGCAGCUGGAAGUGGAUGGGCAUCAGACAAGAGUGGAAGACCUGGAGCAACUGUGCCAAGUGAAAAAAAUACAGCAGCACCACCUCUGCCAACAGAUGAAGACACUUUGGUUCAGAUGGCAGAGCAUAUUCCGGCAGGAAAGCGAACUCCGAUGUGUGCUCAUUGCAAUCAAGUAAUUAGAGGGCCUUUCCUGGUGGCCUUGGGGAAAUCUUGGCACCCAGAAGAGUUUAAUUGCGCACACUGCAAAACCUCCAUGGCUUACAUUGGCUUUGUGGAAGAAAAGGGAGCUCUUUACUGUGAGGGCUGCUACGAGAAGUUCCUUGCCCCUGAAUGUGCCCGAUGCCAGAGGAAGAUACUUGGGGAAGUAAUAAAUGCCUUGAAACAAACCUGGCAUGUUUCCUGCUUUGUGUGUGUGGCUUGUCACAAGCCCAUACGCAACAACGUUUUCCAUUUGGAGGAUGGUGAUCCCUACUGUGAGACAGAUUACUAUGGACUCUUUGGGACCAUGUGCCAUGGCUGUGAAUUCCCCAUUGAAGCUGGGGACAGGUUCCUGGAAGCCUUGGGCCACACUUGGCAUGAUACCUGCUUUGUGUGCUCAGUGUGCUGUGAGAGUUUGGAAGGCCACACUUUUUUCUCCAAGAAGGACAAGCCCCUUUGCAAGAAACAUGCCCACUCUGUGAACAUCUGAGGCUCUGGGGGUUGCUGAAUAAUACAUAUUGAGAGGGAAAAAAAGUUCCUGGGUUUUGGUUUUCAGUAGGCUUACUGAAGUAUUUAUCUAGACUUUUUAAUUGUAGAAGCAGAGAUUGGGGUGGGGAAGGAAUAAAGCUUAUGACUGCUUCAUGUAAUACAACAAGGAGCAUUUAGAGCCCUGCAGAUGUUGCUGGACUCAAAUUCUCAUCAUCCCUGACCAUUGGCCACAUUAGCUGAGAUUGAUGGAAAUUGGAACCCAAGUAUGUAUGUUGUGUUAUUACAUAGCGAUUUUAUAUGUUGUAACUGCCCUGAGAGUACAGGGUGGCAUACGAAUUUAAUAAAUAAUAAAAUAAUAAUAAGAACAGGGGAGGGGGCCACAGGUUCCCCACUCCUGAUUUAAAAUGACUUAGAGUAGUAAUGUCAGACAAAUGAAGAUGGACACGCUCUCUUGGUGAGAGCAAACCUUUGGGACUUUGUGGGAUGGGCUGUUUCGUUUUUCUUUUUAAGAAAGGGCAAUAUUAUUUCAAUCACACAUUUUGUAGCUCAGCUUGCAUUUGUAUUUAAGUGCCACUAGUGGUAAACUAAAGGUGGGUUUGUUGCUGCUUCUUAGGUAGGAGAGAGAGGGAGGAGGUCCAAUUUUAGAUAAUGAAUCAGUUUAACUGGUAUGUAUCAUAUGCAUUUCAGAAAUAUAACCAAGAACAUGAAACUGUUUGGCACAAAAGGGAGUAUUCGUUAUUGUAGGUAAUUAGGAAAUUUGAAACUAAGCAAUGUUAAGCCAAUUCUUUUAGCUCCCACAUUGUAUAAAUAUUUGCCUUUUUGCAUUCAUUUUCUCCCUUAAAAGAUGUGGGGGAAAGAGUUAACAUGUUAUUAACCAAUUAAUAUGGCCAUGCAGAGUAUAACUUGUAUAAGUGCAGAGGAAGAACAUGCAAUUUAAUGUCAUAAAUAUUUCUAGAAAAUGACUGAUGAAUAUUGGGGUGGGGUAAGUCUGAUUUGGGUUACGUAAGAUCACAUCUUAUACUUUCUUGUAUAUAAUUUUACUUUAUUGUGUGCACAUAUUUAUUUAUUGUGUGCACUUCUUUGGUGUAACAGAAAAGGGAAGGGUGAGGGAUGAAACAAUGUCAGCUUUCUUAGAUGCAAUACUCUCACUGCACUAGACCAUAGUAAAUCAAAUAAAAAUUAACAUAAUAUUUUUU